GAAGGUCUACUCCAGAAGAUUAACAUCCCCAGUCCUGUCAGUUUCCGAUGGCCAUGCCCGCUUAAAAAAACCCCAUCCUCAUCCUCAUUAAAAAAAAAAAAAUACAAGCCCAAGUCAUCUGCUCGUUGCCGAUCGGCACUCGCCUAAGGAAUGGCCGAACCUUUUGCGAAUGAGUUGGCGUCCGCAGCUGCCAGAGGGGACCUAGCGCAAGUUACUAAUUUGUUGGAAAGGAAUGUAAACGUCAAUGCACAAAAUGGAUUUGGGAGGACUGCGCUGCAGGUGAUGAAGCUUGGAUAUCCGGAGAUCGCCCGGCGCUUGCUGCUGCGAGGCGCCAACCCCGACCUGAAAGACGGCACCGGCUUCGCGGUGCUGCACGACGCGGCUCGCAGCGGCUUCCUGGACACCCUGCAGACUUUGCUGGAGUUCCAGGCGGACGUGAACGUGGAGGACAGCGGGGGCAACCUGCCCUUGCACCUGGCCGCCCAAGAGGGCCACCUUCCCGUCGUGGCCUUCCUGCUCGAGCGCACGGCCAGCCGGGUGGAGCAUCGCAACAAGCAGGGCGCCACCGCCUACGACCUGGCCAAGCUCUACAAGCGGGAGGCGGUCGCCGAACUGCUCGAGGGCCGCUGCAGCAGCCGGCGGAGGGAGGGCGCCCUCAGCGGGGACUGAAGCACUUACCCCGCCUCGCUCAGGACUCGAACUCUCCCCAAACUUACCUGCUUUUCCCACCCCUGUCCCUCUCCCCCACAACCGCCUCCUUUCUCCCUCUUAAUCAAAAUAUACCAACAAAUUGUGUAGGUCUCUUUCAAUUGCAGACGUAGGGGUGAUUUUUUUCCUCUCUGUCUCUGAUAGAAGAACAAGAGAGAGAAAAUCACUUCAGUAGCAGCUUUCCGCAAAGGCAGGCUAAACCAGCCAGCCCCCACGGCCGCUCGCUUUCUUUUAGGCCGCAAUCCUAUGUUUGGAGCGGGGAAGAAAAAAGCCUUCAACUCCCAGCAUUCCCCAGCCAACCCUGGGAAUUGUAGGAGGUUUUGCUGCCUAAACAUGCAUAGGAGCGCGCCUGGAGCGCCAUUUUUCUUGAUAGAAAGGCGGGACACAAAUCAAAUAAAUGCAAUUGCUUUUAACUUGGUUUGUCCCUACUCACCCCGCUUUUCACUUUAAAAAAGUAAUGGUAUCACGACCUGCUUUGCUUUUUUAUAAAAAAAGAUUUUGCGAGGCUCACUGUGAUUUUUCUCCUUCCUCUCCCCUGAAAAUCAUCUUGCCUAACAAAAUUUAAAAAAAAUAAAAAUAAAACACUGCAUGAAGGAGUGUGCCACCAUGCUGUGAAAGGGCUUUGUGUCCGAAG